GGAUGAUAUCUAGUAAUUGUUAAGUAUACAGCUCGUGUGAAAAGUAUUCCUGGUUGACAGACAGGAAAACCAUGAUUUGUCGACUGCCAAUUAAGAUGCAAUAACAUCGAGGCAACUGCCACUUACUUGGGAAAUUAGCUCAUGAAAAACAACGAAGAAAUACACCGACACGCUAGCUACGUAGUCUGACUCUCUGCUGUGAUGGAUGGCGAAUGGAUUUGGGCACGAGCUCCUACAGAACUGGAAAUAGACCUUUAAAUAUUUUAUUGCUGGCACAACCUGUCGAAAAUGGUGAAGAGUUUAUAGCAGGACCUGUAAACCUUGAUGUUUUUGCACUCAUUGAAACGSAGGCACUUUUGAGAAGCGUAGAAAGAUUCUCGACCAAGCUUUCUCCAGCAUGUCUAUGAGAACAAAGAAUGGGUCAUUGUUGAACAAUCAAAGCCACCCUGUGGGGUUGGUUGAACCACCUCCGCUGCGAUGGUCUCUUCGCUUGAUUUACAUUGCKGUUUUCCUGAUUGGAAUUGUUGGCAACUUCGUAGUCUGUUGUGCCAUCAUUCGACGCAAGAGAAUGCGAACCAGCAACAAUUUAUUCACUUUAAAUUUGGCUUUAGCAGAUUUAAUUGUGGUAGGGAUUUACGUACCGACACAAAUGGCUGCAUUYGAGAACGACCACAAUUGGCCAUUGGGAAACUUUAUGUGCCAAGUAGCUUACGAUAUCAUUCCUCUUUGUCUGUCAUCGUCUAUUGGAAGUCUUCUGGCCAUAUCAUGUGAUAGGUACCGAGCCAUCGCCCAUCCACUCAGGCCGAGACURACUUUAAAAAACGUCAAGAUCAUCAUUGCGGUGAUAUGGAUCGUCUCGUUCCUUUUAAUUCUACCUUUGCUGUUCGUAGCAGGGACGGAUCGCUACCCAAAUGGACAGCUCUAUUGCUCUGAGAUAUGGCCCGAAAACACGCCUUAUGAACAGAUUUACUGGAUUUCCAUUUUUGUCAUCCAGUACAUUAUUCCACUGAUAAUCAUAGCAGCAUUGUCUGUGAUUACUGCCAAUAAACUAAAACAAAAUGAUUUUUUCAAAAAGAGACGUUUUUCCCAGGUAGAGACGAUGGCGGUUCGUCAACGUAUGAAACAGAGCACCAAAAUCGCCAACAUGUUGGUAGGGUUGGUUUUGCUCUAUUCAGUAUGCAUGCUUCCUCAACAUAUAAUAUAUUUCUGGAUGACAUAUGGUAACCUUAACUAUCUGAGCUACAAAAUGUAUAUUUUUCGACUCUCCAACGUAUUUACAAUGGCCAACUGCGCUCUCAACCCGAUAGUCUACGGCACCCUUAACAAAGACUUUGGCCAGGUCUUUAGGAAUUUCUUCGCCCAUUUGAAAUGUCAGCAUCAUCCUUCAAACGACUCCCAGGGUGAGCAGUUGAGUGUGAUCAUUGAUAAAGAGAUGGAGUCUGCAACGAGUUUCCGGCCUACGAAGUCGAAAUAUCUUUCGACGACGACUACGAAAAAGUUGUGUGGUGAACCCUUCAAAGAUGGAAGCCAUAUUGAAAUAGAGGAUCCAAUAUAGGUCUUAGUUGAAAGUUAUUUGGACACUCGGUUUGGUUUGACCCGAAAAAAACCUUUUCGGAGCUUCAACGCCACCAAAUWAAAACUGUGUUUUUUAGCUAGUCACCACCACCAGUACAGCAGUGGCGCAGCUCAACGAGGUCCAACUGAAAGAUAUGAAGGCGCCUCUGGCAGCCGCUAUACAGUCCACGUAUGACCCCRGAGCGAGCACAGCUCUAAGUUUGAUUUAGUUAGGGUUGCUUUGACAGGAGGGAGGAAAAACYGRAAAGSGGGAAGAAAUACCCUCGSAGUCAGAAAAGGAACCAAUCAACUCAGCAAGAACGACUGGGAAUCGAACCCCUCACCGAGGAGGCUAAAGGCGAGUGUUUACUAUACCAUGACAACCUGACUUCCCYGAGUGAAUGAUGCACCCACAUGGUUUUAUCAUGUAACUCCAUAAGAAACGUUCCUAAAGAUCCCCGCUGAAUUCAAUUCAAAAGCAUGUUUAAAGUCAAAAAAUUGUCAACUAAAAGUUAUUCUUUCAUUAAUUUUUAAUGAGUUCUCUUAAAAAUUGAAGUUGCGACCUCAUAAKUAUGCUUUUAACUAAUGCCGAUAAAAGACACAAUGACAAGUCACUAACUAGUAAGACAAGCAGCGUUGGCUAAAUCAUUGACAAGCUGGCGAAGUUAAUUGGCAUCAACUGCAUAAGUCAGUGGAYCAACCUUAAUCCAAUUUUUAAAACUCAUUUGGUUAUAUAAAUCAUAUUAGUUAGGAACAUUAAGAUUUCUAAUACUGUCCUGAUUUAAGAUUUGACGAAGUCAAUUAUAUCAGUCCACGUAUUUUAAAAUUUGGGUUUCAAUGUAAUUUAUUAAGUUAAUACGAAUUUAAAUGAUACGAGUGCACCUGUCUUAUGCGAAUCCUGUUUACAUCGGACGAGCAUGUGAAAAUACGAUAUCUAAUGUCAUAAAAUAAAGCUUACCCUAAAUUUUUAAA